CAUACGUACGUACGUACGUUGUCAUGAUUCGAUAUUCAGUAUGCUACCAUCUCAUAUGACUGCUUCCAAUUAAGCAUAUAUAAAGCAAUCGGCCUUUGCAGCUUGUACGCUGAUAUAUAUAUAUAUAAAAUAUAUUAAGGCAGUUUUAAUUCUUCAGAAAUUCUAAAUCUAAGCAACCAAAUAUAUAGCUUGGAUAUAUAAUAUUGCUGGGAAGCCAGAAAUCAUUAUAAUUUCGAUCCACCUCAAAGUGAAAAAUAUUGUUACAUACUGCUAUUUGUAUAAACUAUGGAACAUGCAAGAACUCCUUUUCUUUAAUUUUCUUUCUUUUUUUUUUUCUCGUCAAUAUAUUAUUUUGUCACCAUAUAUAUAUAUAGGACAUGAUGCUAGAUCAACUCCUUUUUCUUUACUCUUUUUCUAGUCAAUAUACACACACACACACACCUUUAUAUAUAUAUAUAUAAAAUAUAUAUUUGUCGUGCCGGUGGGUACGUAAGGAAAGACUGAUCUAGAGAAUCAAAGUCUUUAUAUAAGCUGUAUUUUCACAUGUCAAAUGUUCUUAAGCUCUAAGCUACACGUUUUUCUACACGUUUUUAUCAGAGAAAGUACAAAACAUGUAGCAAUAUCCCGGUCACCACACGGAAUACAAGGUCACCAUAAAAAUCUCUAGAGGUUAAUUAUUUUGCAAGUUUUGACAUUAGAACGUACCAUAUAUGUCACUCGUCUAGGCUUGAUCGCCAUUAAUUUUCGUCUCAAUUGUCUUCUGCAUGCGCUAGCUUGUACCAUGCAUUAAUAUAUACGCGUCUUAGAGAUAAUCUUUGACUGCGACCGAUUCAAUAUAAAUACACUAAACGUUAACGUGUUUAUUAGGACGUUGAAGAAAACUGAACAAUUAAUUAAUACGUGAUAUAUACGUGCUAGUCAGUCAUGUGGUAUACAAAUAUGAAAGUUCAGCUACUUAAUGCUAGUUAGAUUUUUUCAACUUCUCAUAACGUACGUAGGUAUUAAUAAUUACUUAAAAAAAAUAGUAUUAAAAGUUAUCAAUUAUAUUUUUGUGUACAUACGUACGUACUUGGCAUAUAUAUAUAGUUUUAAUUAAUUUCUUUAAGGAAAAGUCUAUAUGCAACCGGUGUAUAUCUCCGGUGCGGCCUUGGGUCCUACGUGGCGUCAUAAUGUAAACGAUGCCAUUUACAUUUUGAUUGAAUUUUGCUCGCUGGCUUUCUCCUUCCAGACUUGUUUUACUCUCAUCUCUCACUUCUCUCUCGUCCCCCCUCUCAUCUCUCUCUUCCCUCUCAUCUCACACGAACCCUAACCCUAACCCACAAAUGCUCCCUCUCAGCUCCCUCUCAUCUCUCCUUUCUCAUCUCUUCUCCGAAACACUCUUCUUCUUCUUCGUUGUCUUCUUCUUCUUCUCCUCCUCCUCCAUCCCUAGAAAUCAUCUUCACCAACAUUUCUUCUUCUUCUUCUAGAAAUUGUCUUCUCUAUCUAUCUGUCUCCAUCAACCCACGAAAAGAAGCCUAACCCAGAUCUGGUCUUUCUCUUCGUCUUCUCCAUCGAUCUGUCUCCAUCAACCCAUGAAACGAACCCUAACCCAGAUCUGGUCUUUCUCUUCGUCUUCUCCAUAGCACCAUGCGAGUCUCCUUACGUCUAGAUCUACAGCCACGUCACGGUAAGUUUCCUGCUAAAAACCGAGCUAAAAACCCAACUAAAAACUCAGUUACAAACCAACAUACUGAACCCACAAAUGAAGAUGAAAGAACAACAUAAAAACCCAGUUAAAAACAUUUUCUUACCCACAAAUGUAGAUGAAGAACAAGAUAAAAACUCAGUUCAAGCUGGUUGGCAAGAUCGCAACUUUCAGUUUUGAGCUUCUACGUGAGUUUCCCUCCUCAGUUCUGCGCGAGUUUUGAGCUUCUGUACUGAAAUCAAUUUUCCCCCCUCCUGUUUACCUUUCUGCUUUACUUUCCCGUUUCUUUUCUUUUUUUUUAAUAAUUAUUAUUUUUUUAUUAAUAAUUUAAUUACCACGUCAGCCUCGAGGCCGCAGCAGGGUUAUUCCCCGCGAAUCCCAAUCGAUUCAGAUUUACAAGGCAAACCACAUUUGGAAGGCGGCACAUGAGUUCUUGUACGGGAACACCGUUUCAGCUCUGGACUAAAUGUUUCUUCAGACAGUUCUUCCGUUCCGUAGCAAAAGUUGAUUAUCUCACUUUGAGACAUGGUUUCAUCUCGGCUCACUUGUCGGCCACCAACAACUUCGAUUUCCGAAAAUAUAUACAGCGAAGCUUGGAAGAAGAUUUCAAGCAGGUGGUCGGCAUCAGCCCUCUAAUGUGGUUUAUAGUUGUUAUCUUCAUGCUCGUGGAUGUUUACGGUUGGCAUGUAUUUGUAUGGGUAUCCUGCAUUCCUCUCUUGGUAGUUCUAGUUCUAGGAGCCAAACUCCAAGUCAUUGUUGCGAGAAUGGCUCUUCAAAUCAAAGAUCAGAAUAGUGUGAUUAAAGGAACACCUCUUGUUAGACCCAACGAUAGUCUCUUCUGGUUCCGGCACCCAGGAUUCGUCUUAACUCUUAUUCAUUAUACUCUAUUUGUGAAUGCAUUCGAGCUGGCCUUCUUCAUUUGGGUUACAAUACAAUUUGGUUUCAAUUCUUGCUACCACGAGAAUACUGCAUUCAUUAUAACCAGAAUUGUGCUAGCAGAACAGGUUGUUCAUGAUCUGCUACAGAUAUUUCAUCCUACAAUUAAUGAUUCUACAUCGUUGGAUUUCCUCAGGGUGACAGUUCAAGUACUUUGCAGCUAUAUUACCCUACCUCUCUAUGCACUUGUUACGCAGAUGGGGUCAAAUUUCAAGAGCAAGGUACUAGAAGAGCAGAUUGCUAAUAUCAUAAGGCAAUGGCACGCUGAAGUUAGGGAGAGAAGGAAGAAGCAAGAGCUAUUCAUGCUGUCUCCAGCUCGCAUGUCUUUGUCCACGGAAUGGAGCCCCAGAAGGAGUAGUCCUAGUGCGCAUGGAGUUUCUUCAUUCCAAAGACCCAGAUAUAUGGGAAGCGACAGCUUUAACAAAGGGGAAAUAGUGGAAUUAGAAAAAAGAUCAGAUAAAAUGGUAUUACCGAAAGAAGAGGCAGCUGCUGGAUCAUCUAGGCGUCCAUCUCGGGGUGUCGUACUAGAACUUCCGAUAGUGAGAAGACAGUAGAAGAUUAUAUUGACGAGUACUGCGCGCAAGGAAAGUACUUCAGUUUCUGUAAAAUUGUAGAAAAAGAUGUAUAAUUUGUUAGCUAGAAAACGGAGAGGCUAUGGAAGAAGACGAUGAUCAACUCCUCUCAUUACGAUCGAAUGAAUUACAAAUUUUAUAUAAUUAGUUCAUAAUCAGUUCACUUAUAUAGAUACAAUGGCUAUUUACAA